AUGUCAGUGUAUAUCAUGACUGGCCAUCCACCUGGACCACCUCCCCAUGAGGUGAUGGCCCACAUGCUGAAUCACCCCGAGCAGCCUCCUGCCUCUACACCAGGCUCAGAGGACGAGCCAAGCGAUGAUAGUGACGACAACAGAGAGGUGCCCCAAUUUGGCUAUCGACGUGGUGGUCCUCAUCCUCAUCACCGCGGCGGCCGGGGUCACCGAGGCUUUGGUGCUGGUCCCCAUGGUUAUCAUGGUCCUCAUGGCCCUCACGGCUUUGAACGUGGCCCUAGGUUCCAUCAUCCAUUCGAACAUUUCGGUCAUCAUGGGGGACGUGGAGGCAUGUUUGGGCCCCGAGAAGGCCCACACAGUCCACAUAGUCAUCCUCACCAUGGUUUUCAUGGUCACCACCGCGGUGGACGUGGAAUGCAUCAUCGCCCACCAUUCUGGCCAACCGGUCCCCUCGGUUUUGACUUUCUGCAACGAUUCGCUUCUGAGAUGGGCAAUGGCUUUGAAGACCUCUUCACAACAGAUCGUGAUGCUCGCGACGUGAAUGACAGCCAGAUUGACUUUGUCCCUCGUGCUGACGUUUUCGAUACGGCUACCGAUUAUGUCGUUCAUGUAUCUCUUCCCGGCGCUCAGAAGUCCGAUGUCAGCAUCGACUACAAUGCACAAGAAUCCACUCUUCGCCUCGCAGGCGUGAUUCAUCGACCAGAAUUCAACGAAGAACUGCACGAGGCCAUGAUCCUCGACGAACGCCGUCGUGAAGUGGGGGUGUUUGAACGCAGUAUCAAGCUAGACACCCGUGACCGCCAGUCAGUGAACGUUGACCAGGAGAAUAUUUCAGCCAAACUAGCUAACGGGGUGCUUAUUGUGCGUUUGCCUAAGGGUCAGCCACAGGCCCAGGGAGGCAACAAAAAGAUUAUUAUCAAUGAGGAUGCUGACGCAGCUCCUCUCGAAGAGAAAAGGGACGUGGAAAGCACGACACAAAAUGAAAAACAUGCAUCGGUGGCUGAGGUCGAGGACGAAUUGGAUUCGAUGCAUGUCGACAGUGAGACCGAGGCAGGCGACUUGCUCCAGGAAGUAGACGAGAAAAUCUACACCCCGUCUCACGCAUCGGAAGAAGAAGAUGAGGAUGAGGAUGCAGGAGAAUACGUCAAGGUUGAUGCCAAGUGA